AUGCCCAGGAAGUUUGCGCUCUUAUGUGCAUCCGCUUUAGGUCUAUACUUCUUCUGCACCGCAGUGUAUGAGUUCCAUGGCGCCUUCAGGUCAUACACACGUACAAAAACAAAUACGACUGUACAGUCACCAAUCGUCGAAACGCCGACCGCUGCGCUGAAUUACUCCUGCAUACCAGGACAACCUUGUUGGCCAUCCGAGGGUCAAUGGACUGCCUUCAACCAGAGCAUUGACGGCAACCUCAGGUUGACCGUCCCGUGGGCUUCAACAUGCUACUCGGACCCGUCAAGCAAGCAAUGUCAGCAAGUCAGGAAGGGAUACAUGGAUGGUAUCUCCCGGACCGCACAGUACGGUUCAAUGGAGUUCCUUGACUGGGAGACUUGCGGCCAGUCCCACUGUUACCUAGACUCUAUGCAUCCCUCAUCACCCACAUACGGCACAUGUGGACUCGGCAGACUGUCAACAUAUCAUGUCGAAGCGCACACAGCCAACGACAUCAGCAAGACUUUGGACUUCGUUCGCCAGCACGGCAUCCGCGUCUCGAUCAAGAACACAGGCCACGACUACUUCGGACGAUCGAGCUCAGCGAACUCCCUCGGCAUCUGGACACACCACAUGAAGGAUGCAAAGUACCACAAGAACUUCCAGCCUCAAGGAUGUAAGACACAAUAUGAGAACAUUGGAGAAGUAGGUGCCGGUACCCAGGCACAAGAAGCAUGGGAGUUCUUCGAGCCCCUGGAUAUGCUCGUCACCGUCGGUGCCGUUGGCUCUGUGGGUAUCGCAGGUGGGUUCGGACAGGGAGGUGGCCAUGGCCCGCUUGCUCCUUCUUACGGCCUGAUGGUCGACCAAGCAGUCGAGUUUGACGUUGUUACCGCAGAUGGCCAGAAGCGAAUCAUCAACGAAUGUACCGACCCAGACCUGUUUUGGGCCAUGCGAGGAGGCGGAGGCGGCAAUUACGCCGUCCUGACCUCAUACAAGUUCCAGCUACAUGCAGCCGUGCCGCUGAACGUACACUUCUUCCGGGCCCACUGGCCCGCGUCCGCCGACAUCACAGAGUCAAAGGUUCUCCGUGACAUCGUCAGCGCCUUGGCGUCCAACCAGACACUCUUCUCCAAGAAAGGCAUUGCAGGCUACAACUUCAUCUUACCAGAUCACAUGGUAUCCCUGCACAUCAUGCCCUCAACCGACACCUCAGCCAUCAAGACCGUCACUAAGCAGUACCACGACUUCCUCGCCUCCUACCCCGACAUCAAGAUCUCUAACAACUCCUACCACACCUUCUCCAAGUUCUCCGACUGGCACGCCUUCACCGAGCAACCCUGCAUCGCCCGCAACGGCCCCGUCGGCCUCGGCCUCUCCGAAUCCGGCCGCUUCAUCCCUAAAUCGCUCUUCUCCACGCCCAGCGACAUCGACAACCUCACCUCCGCCGUCCUAACCGCCAUGCAACUCUCUGCCUCCAACCGCGGCUCCGGCAGCGCACAGCUCUACUCCACCGGCCCCGCAAACCACCCCGACGGGCACGCCACCAGCGCGCAUCCUCUGUGGAGAGAUAGCCUGUGGCACGUCAUCAUGGGCGGUGGGUGGACUGCGUCUAACACGUCUGCGCAGCGCACGCAGAUGCAAAAUACUAUUAGCGCAUCUAUACAGCCAUUUAAGGCGCUUACGCCGGGCGGUGGAUGCUAUGUUAAUGAGGGGGAUUGGAUGGAGGAGAACUGGCAGCAGACGUUCUUUGGGAGUAACUACGACCGUCUGCUUAAGGUCAAGAAGCAGUACGAUCCGAGUGCGCUUUUCCAGUGCUGGAAGUGCGUCGGUUGGACAGGGUACCAAGACCCCAUGUAUUCGUGUUACGGACAAAGCGGGUGGGAGCCACAGGCGAGCAUUCCACUCGGUCCUGUCGGUUGA